AUGAAUUCAAGACAACAAUUAAUUUCACAAUCUACUAAAAUCUUAAAUUCAAAAUUAUUGCCACCAUUAACAUUAUAUCGUCAAAUUCUAAGGAUACAUCAACAAUUACCAACACCUUUACGUCUAGUAGGAGAUGAUUAUGUUAAAUCAGAAUUUAGACAACAUAAAGAUAUAACAAAUCCAAUUCACAUUGUUGGAUUUUUAACUCAAUGGCAAAAUUAUUUAAAGGUACUUGAAUCACAAAUAUCCAACAAGAAACAUGACCAAGAAGAUUCUAACACUAAUGAUAUUAAUAUUAUUAGUGGCAGUAAGAGCAGUAAAAGUGACAGUGAUGGUGAUGAUAAUGUGAAUAAUAUUAAAUAUGGAAAAAAAUUUGAUGAUUUAGAGAAAUUUAAUGAUCAACAGAUUGGACAAUUGUAUGAAUUAAUGAAAGAAACAAAAGGUGCUUUAUUUAAAGAAUUAGAGAAGAAGAAAAGGAUGUUUGUCGAAAUUGCUGUAACUGUUGCAACUGGUGCAACUGGUGAAAUUGGCGCAACUGGGAAAUUGAUAGCACCUUCCAAAAAUAGAACUAAAAAAGUUGAGUUUGCAAAAAUUCAUGGAAGAAAUGAGGCUAGUCGUCAGUUCAACUUAGAGCCAACAAUGAUUGGUAGGUGGAUUAAAGCUUGUGAAAAAUGGGAUAAAUCUGUAAAAAAUAAAACUAAGGCAUUAGGUUCAGGAAGAAGAGCCUUUUUUCCAGAAGCAGAAGAAAAACUCUACAAAUGGAUUAUUGAACAAAGAAAGCAAGCAUUUGCUGUUACUUAUUAUAAUAUUUCAAAUCAAAUGCAAAAAAUUUUAAAUGAGCCACAUUUCAAAUUUAUAUACCCAGAAGCUAGUGGUUCCUUUAAAUAUUCCAAAAGCUGGUUACUUGGAUUUUUAAGACAUAAAAACCUUUCUUUAUGA